AUGAUGCGAAACUUUUCUCUUUAUAUAGCUACUGAAGCGACACACCUGAUCACAUUUAGAAACGAAUAUGUAGGCGUCUUAUUAUACAACUACGCACAGUCCAUUUGGGGUAGUUUAAGUAGUGUUAGUCAAGAUUUUGAAAGCUUUAAAGCGACAUGUAUCGAUUUGGAACCUGUAGAAAAGAAGCUUCCAAUAUCUCACACAGCAACAACAGUUUACGACCCUGCUAUUCAUCGAUUAGAUGAACGGGCACAAUAUCUACUUGAUUAUUAUACUGAUAUUGUUAGACGUGAAUAUAGUCCAGUUUAUGUGGAAGUGGAUGAAAACUGCAUGUUCAACGCUAUUAAGAUAUUCUAUCCUAAUUUGAGCGUCGAUGAGAUUCGCGUCCGUACUAUUAUAGAACUAGCGUGUAAUGAAGAACAUUAUACAACAAUGCUGUAUAGUAUGAAACUUGAUCUAGUUGAUGAUGAGACAGUGCAAGAACAUGUAUUGCGAAUUAUGAAUAAUCAUGAAUAUACUAGUGCCCAUACGUUGGCAGCUGUAUCUUCCAUAUUUGGUCGUAGAAUAGAAUCUAUAUAUCCAAACAUAAAUGAUAAUGAUGGCUAUUUUGAGCUUCUAAAUCGUAUCAACGAACCACGGCAGACGGAUUCAAUAUUGUCGGACGAACCAUUGCGAGUACUCUGGUCUGACCCAAAACCGGAUGAAGAACGUAUAUGGCGUCCAAAUCAUUUUGUACCUGUUUUACGAACAAGAAACAGUUUCUCAUCAAUAAGCAUGGAAAGUAUAACCGAUCGGGACCAUGAGAAUAUGGGAUUACCAUCGUUUCCAUUGCAUGAAAAUGACGUUGAUGUGUGUACAAAUGAUCAUCAUCAAGAAAUAUCUGCAAUUAAUGAUGAAAAUCAGUCACCGUCAAUUGUAGGAAGAAAUGUAUUUAUGGAUGAAUCAGAGAUAAUUAGGUAUGCACCGGUAUCCGUAUUCAUACUGAAAUACUGA